GUGGGACGUUGCAAUUACGAGCCCGAGAUGGAAAGCUCGGGCGGGAAACGGGCGCGUCUUCACACCGCGCAGGCAUCCGCCGCUCCAAAAAACUUCACUCGCGAACAAAUUUUCCCGCCUCCCAUUGCCCUCCGAUCCACAAAACUCAAUAACUCUAAGGACCAAAUCGCAAAAGCAUAUUCCCCUCUUGUGGAACAGAAGAAGCAAGCGAGAGAAGAACACAGCUCCAGGCCAAAACCUCGCCGCCUCGCCGGCCUCCGCCUCAAUUCCAUGCCUCGCCAAUCAGAUCCACGCUCCUCGCCCUCUACUAUGGACUCCGGCGGGGGGUCCUCAGCGGACAUGGAGCUGGCCUGGCACCUUCUCACCGUGCUCAUCCGCCUCGGCCGUCCCGCCGCCGCCUCGGAACUCACCGCCGCCGCUACCGUCGCAGCGCCCUCCAUCUCGACGCGCGUCGUCAAGCAGAUGUGUUGCUUACCUAGGUCACCACUAUGGAUCUCUGACGACGGCGUCGUGACGCCCUCCGAGACGGCUAUCCUGGCGUUUCUGAGGUUCAUGGGGUGGGAUAUCCCGGGGCCUAAGGUGAGCCUGUGGCCUUCGGAGGUGAGGCGGUGGUCGGGAAAGGUGUCCAUUAGGUAUGAGCGUAAGCGGCAAGGGUCGGAUGCAAGGUGCUUCAGCGCGAAGAGGCGCCGACUACUGGCAUCGGCCGCAGAUUUGGUGGAACAAACGGAGCACCAGUCGUGGCAGCUGGUUGCGCAGACCUGUACUACGGCUGCUACUGGAGAGGUACAUUUGGAGGUUAUGCAAAAGUUGCAGGAUAGGCUUCCCAGUCUCGGCACAUUUCUCGGUGAUCUUCAGCACAAACUUGACCAGCCUCUUAGAGGUGACGAUGACUUGGCUAUUGGGAACAUGUCUUUAGCACUGGUGCCAACAGGUUUUUCAGAUUGCCCUUGUUCUGUCAAUCUUCCUCCACUGGAUGCUGAGAAAUUGAGAAACAUCAAUAUGGAAGUUGAUGGUAGAAGCAACAAGAUUAGUGAAUCUGAAACAGUUUCCUUACUUAACAAUAGAGUAGAGGAUAGUGAUGAUCUACAAAAAGAGUGUGCCCUUCCCAUGGCCAGUCAUGAUGUUUUAGUUGGAGAAUGCAAAAAUGGGGCUGAUGAAUAUCUAAAUCCUGUUUGCAAAAGUCCUGGCAGUCCGAUAGAUCAUAAUAUGAAAACGGCUACUAGUAUUGAAGCAUUUGAUAUGAUUCUCAACCAAGCAGAUGCUCUACAAUACAAUUGCCUAAAUGAUGGGCAUCAUCAGAAUGCCCCAAGUUGUGUUCAGAAAAAAAAUCCACUUCGUGCUAGUGCAUAUGCAGAAGUUUGCACUGAUAAGACAGCACAAAUUUUGUUCCAGCCUUCUGUGGUUAACAAAGUUGGAUCUAUAGCACCUCAAAUGAUGAUAAAUGUUCAAUCUGAAACAUUACCACAAGAAACUACAAGGCAAGAUGGCAUGAACAUGAAGCACCUGAAUAUUGUUCCUGAAAAUAGAGAUAUCAGAUAUCUAAAUCAUGGAGAGCAGUCCUUGAACAAGGCGGAGGUCAAUGUAUCUAAGAAUGGGCGGGAUAAGUUGACUGUGAAGCAGAAAGAGAAGUGCAAGAAAAAUGAACAGCCAAAAGAAGAUAAGGACAACACAGCAAAGACUCAAAAGGGUCAUGUAGCACCAAAACCACUUCCUGCUUUCAAGGGUUUUGUCAUAGAAGAGGAGGAAGGGUCUGGAGGUUAUGGGACUGUUUAUAGGGCUCAGAGGACAAAAGAUGGAAAAACAUUCGCUAUAAAAUGUCCUCACCCAAAUGCUCAUUCACAUCAUGUUAAUAAUGAACUAAAGAUACUGGAGCGUUUUGGAGGCAAAAAUUGUGUGAUUAAAUAUGAAUGCUCUUUGAAAAGUGGUGAUCUAGACUGUUUUGUUCUAGAACAUGUUGAGCAUGACAGACCAGAGAUUUUGAAAAAAGACAUAACCUUGCUUGAGCUGCAGUGGUAUGGACACUGUCUUUUCAGAGCUCUUGCAAGCUUACAUAAACAGGGGGUAGUGCAUAGAGAUGUCAAACCUGGAAACUUCCUUUUCUGUCGCAAACUGAAGAAGGGGUAUCUUAUUGACUUUAACCUGGCAAAUGAUCUUCACCAAAAAUUCUUGAAAAACUGUAAAUCUGAUGCAACUUCAAGUGGGAAGGAUACCACAUCUCAAUCCCUAUCAACUAUUUCCCCAGUAGUUCAUGUCAAAGAACCAGUUGCUGACUCAAAGCAGCCUCUUCCUUUGAAGAGGAAAAGAUCUAGUAGAAGCCCAGUGGAUAGUGCACGUGCACCUAUGGUCGACAGUAAAAGUAGGCAUGGUAACCAAACUGCAGAUGUAUCUGGUAUAACAUCUGCCAAGGAUCCUACGAGCACUAAAACAUCAUUAGAUAGGUUAAAGCAGCCAAUGCCUUACAAAGGGCGAAAAGAACUAAUGAACUUCUUACAUGAGACCAUGCAAAGUCCAAACAAAAGUACUAUGCCUACUCCUGUUUCCCAAAGGAAGAGGGUCGCUGCUCCUUUUGGUAGUGUGGAUCGAAAGCUCUUUAUACUGACGCCAAUGCCCCUGCGUUCUGGUGGCAGUGCUGUUGCUGGUGCUGGCAUGUUCAACAACAAAGGACAUGGAAAACAUCGAAGAGAAGGUCCAUGUGUUGGAACUAAAGGUUUCCGAGCUCCAGAGGUUCUCCUUAGGUCCUUCCACCAGGGCUGUAAAGUUGAUGUCUGGUCGGCUGGGGUGACGCUCUUGUACUUGAUAAUUGGCAGAACACCUUUUGGUGGAGAUCCUGAACAGAACAUCAAGGAAAUAGCGAAGCUGAAAGGAAGUGAAGAACUAUGGGAAGUAGCGAAGUUGCACAACUGCGAAUCUUCGUACCCAUCAGAUCUCUUUGACGUCAAAUUUCCUUUGUGCUCGGUGGAUCUAAGGGAAUGGUGUGCAGCCAACACACGCAGGCCAGAUUUACUCGAGAUGAUACCUGACUCCUUUUUCAAUCUUGUGGAGAAGUGUUUGGCCGUCAACCCCAGGUGCAGGCUCUCAUCAGAGGACGCGCUCAUGCACGAGUUCUUUGCUCCAUGCCGCGAUAACUUCAGGAAGCUCAGGAUGCUGAGGAGGUCAGCUGGUUCUGAUGCAGCAUGUUCAUCGUCUCACCAGGACACAACACUUGGAGCAAGACAGUCAUAGGUCGUUCCACCGUACAUACUUAUUGACACCAGAAAGCUGAUUGUGAUCAUCUAGUUUAUUACAGACAUGACAAUAGCCAAAUCGUGUUCCCGUCUUGAUGUAAGUAAACACUUGUACUAAAUACGUACUAAACCGUUGGUCGGAACCAAGAUAUAUUAUUUUUGUCAUGCAACGGGAGGGACGAAGAGUCCCCACCUGAUAUAUUACGUA